GGGGGUUGUUUUGUCUCUCUUCUCUCUUUCUCAAUAAUUCCACAGAUUCUAACAUCAUGGCCUCUUCAAGAUGGUUGAAGCCUGAGGUUUAUCCUCUGUUUGCAUCAGUUGGUUUGGCAGUUGGAAUCUGUGGGAUGCAACUCUUUAGGAACAUCACUGGCAAUCCUGAAGUCAGGGUAAUGAAGGAGAAGAGAGCAGCAGGAGUUCUUGACAACUUUGAAGAGGGAGAGAGAUAUGCAGAGCAUGGUCUGAGGAAGUAUGUCCGCAAUAGACCUACUCAGAUCAUGCCUAAAUUCAACGGAUUCUUCACCGAUCCAAACUAAACUUUUGACCUUGAUGAUGAUGCUCGAUGAUCAACAACUUAUAUAAUUUGCUUUUUUUCGAUUCUGCUUUUUUGUUGUGCAUGUAUGUUGUUCAAUUUUAUGAAUAUAUAUGCAGAUUUUUGAAGAUUAAUAAAGAUCAUA